AUCUGUCAUGUGUUAUGGUUUAUUUAAUAAAAAUGUGUAUAAUACCAAUUCGAGUGGAAACUUUUCUCCAGUUGAUAGACGUAUCGUUAGUAAUAAUGCUUGUAAUAUUAAGCAUCGAAGUGGUCCACGGUGCCAGAUCCAUCGUCCUUAUGUUGGAAAACCUGGACAUUGCGGCAUUAUUUUCCUAUGUGUACGGUGCAAUCAUCCCAUCCAUUUUUGCCGUUAUCGACGGAACGCUUGCCAUGCUGGGGAUUAUCAGCCUCUCUUACAAAGUUAAGUACCUGCGCCAGCAGCACCUGAAGAGCAAGGAGAUGACCGUAUACUUGCGGGUGAUAAUCGCCUCUGUCAUAUGCAGCCUGCUCAUCGGGUUGGCGUGCGCCACCUCCGUCAUAGUACAAAAACCGAUACACGGAAGUUUCGAAGCGAGCUUCUUAAAAGCCUUGAAGAAUUACUCGAAUCCUCAAAGCAAAGCCGUAUUGGACCAUGUGCAGAAGGAGCACUCGUGCUGCGGUCUUAAAGAUUACAAAGAUUGGUUCAAUGGCAAAAAUAAAACAAACUAUAUGCUACCUGGCAGUUGCUGCAAAAACGUUGAAGUCCCGUGUUCGUUCCAUCCCGACAAAAACGCUUCUUUCGAUUUCUAUGCAUUUUGGCCAACAGGAUGUUUGAACAAAUACAAAAAGGCUUUGUCAGAGUACAUGAAACUAAUAUAUCAAGCGUUGGUUGUUAUGUGUUGUCAGAUAAUGUAUUCCAUCUUUGACCGGCUUAUUCAAAGUAGUAUGGACCAAAUUCCAACAAAUGGCGUCCACCAGUGUUAUAUUAUAAGUAAAAACCAAAUAAGAUUUGGAAGAGCUAAAAGAAAGAGAGCUUCGACCACACAGACGCCAGAAAACGAAAAUUAAUUCUGCAAAGCAAUACGUCCCAAAG